AUGACUCAUUCAACGAUACGCAAUCUCUUACAUCUCUCCCUUCUCACAACCACUCUCCUCCUACAACUCACGCACGGCCAAGUCGGCACCAUAACGCAGGACGUCUACACCCUCUCGGCCUUUCCCCUCCAAAAACCCUGCGCGCAAUCCUGUUUCGUCGCCACUGGUUUCUGCCCCAACGACGUGCUCGGUGGCGAAAUAGGCUGCAAGUCACACAGCAAUUGCGCCGACAGUAAUUGGCAAGCUACGAAUGACUGCUACUGCCGGACGGAUCUGCAGAAGCCUGCGCAAGACUAUUUGACCAGUUGUAUCGAGAACAAGUGUUCGGUGGGCGAUGUCAGGAUCGAUGCGUCGAGUGCGGGUAGCAUCUACGCGCAAUAUUGCGCGGAGAAGGGAUAUAGUCCUGCGGCACUACCAGCGACAGUGCAAGCGACAACCACAGGGCCUGGUGCUUCGACAAGAACGGUGGGUGGAGGGGUAGGCAGUGGGCCGACUGCUUCCUCUACAUCGGACUCGCCGGGCUCGUCUUCGGAGUCGAGCAGGCUGUCCACGUCGACGAUCAUCGGCAUAGUUGUGGGGAGUCUAGCUGGUCUCGCGUUCCUCGCAGUCACGCUCAAGAUAGUGUUCAAAUGGUUCGGAUUUGGGCGAGGUAGGAAGGCGCAGUACCCGCAGCAGCCGCCUCCGAUCUACCAGCAGCCCGUCUAUCCAAUGAAACUCUACCCCGAGACGUAUUAUCAGCAGAAGGCGGAGUCAGAAGUUACGCCGGAUGAUUCUGUCUCGAUGAUCUCGGAGAUGCCGAGACCGGCACCGACAUUGGUAUCUAAUGUGCAGAGUUAUUUGCCGCAUAGAUAUUAG